UGACGUGUGGCUGUCCUACGUCAGUCCAAUGGCGAGAGAGAGAAGAGUCGGAGCCGACGGAGUUUUGAGAGAGCAAGACAAGAGAUACGGACAGGAGCGGCCCCUCGAUGCGCUGGAGCUCAGACACACACUCACAUGCACACACACACCCCACACACACACUCACACUCACACUGCCCGAACUCUAAUCUCCAUUUCGGGGAGUUUUCCACGUCGGAGCCGCAGUGCUACUUUUCCGCCAGAAAGCACGGGCGCUGCGGGCCUGCGCUCCGGUUUGAAAGUGGACCUAACUCCGCCUUACUUUCUGGACAUGGGAGACAUGGGGGACCCACCAAAAAAGAAACGCCUGGUCUCUUUGUGCGUGGGCUGCGGGAAUCAGAUCCACGACCAGUACAUCCUGCGCGUGGCGCCCGACCUCGAGUGGCACGCGGCGUGUCUCAAAUGCGCGGAGUGUAACCAGUAUCUGGACGAGUCAUGCACUUGCUUUGUCCGGGACGGCAAGACGUACUGUAAACGCGACUACAUCAGACUCUACGGAAUCAAAUGCGCAAAGUGCAACAUCGGUUUCAGCAAGAACGACUUUGUGAUGCGCGCUCGCGCUAAGGUGUAUCACGUGGAGUGUUUCCGGUGCGUGGCGUGCAGCAGGCAGUUGAUCCCGGGCGAUGAGUUCGCGCUGCGGGAGGACGGGCUGUUCUGCAGAGCCGAUCACGACGUGGUGGAGAGAGCCAGCAUGGCGCCCGGGGAGCCGCUCAGCCCCCUGCACCCGGCCCGGCCCUUACAGAUGGCAGCAGAGCCAAUCUCGGCGCGGCAGCCUGCACUGCGCCCGCACGUGCACAAGCAGCCCGAGAAGACGACGCGCGUGCGCACGGUGCUUAACGAGAAGCAGCUGCACACUUUGCGCACGUGCUACAACGCGAACCCGCGGCCCGACGCGCUCAUGAAGGAGCAGCUCGUGGAGAUGACGGGCCUGAGCCCGCGGGUCAUCCGCGUCUGGUUUCAGAACAAACGCUGCAAGGACAAGAAGCGCAGCCUGCUGAUGAAGCAGCUCCAGCAGCAGCAACCCAACGACAAGACGAACAUCCAAGGAAUGACGGGAACUCCAAUGGUGGCCACCAGUCCAGAGAGACACGACGGCGGAUUACAGGCGAACCCGGUGGAGGUGCAGACUUACCAGCCACCGUGGAAGGUCCUGAGCGAUUUUGCACUGCAGAGCGACAUCGACCAACCGGCCUUUCAGCAACUGGUGAAUUUUUCUGAAGGAGGACCAGGCUCGAAUUCCACAGGGAGUGAAGUUGCGUCCAUGUCCUCGCAACUGCCAGAUACACCAAACAGCAUGGUGGCCAGUCCCAUCGAGGCCUAGACGAUUCGGAUUAAUCUUCCUUUCCACAACCGGAGGAAAAAAAAAGAGGGUCGCCAAGGUGGUCGAGUCCCUGUUUCACCGAGGCUGCACUCCCGAGUAACACCGACAGACCUCCAAUUCCGCGGGGCUUCUCUAUCCAAACACGCCCUCGGUCGCGUUUAUACACUGUGAUGACAAUCGUGGGAAAGAAAGGCGCUCUAGCGAAAAGACACUUCACGAGAAGACGAACGUUACCGGAAGUCGCUAAAAUCCGGCGGAAGUAGACCUACACCGGGUCUGAAAUGUCAAAAUGUCCUUUCCUCCGACGUUUAGGCCUACACUACGCAGGAACUGGUGAAACUGGUGAAACUGGUCGGCUACUUUUUUUUUUUUUUUUUGCCAAACAACCCGAGACGUUUUUGCUCUUUUUCUUUUCUUUUCUUUUCCUUUUUUUGACAGAUCAUUGAACCUCAUAGGAAAAUGAGACCUAAGAGGACUCUAAAUCCGUCCAGCGCAGCAUGAGCGGCCCAACAAACUGCUGUUUCUCUAAAACAAGUCGAACUGAGAUCUCUUCACUGAGUGCUGAGGGGUGAGGAGGACCGCUUUCAUUAGGCCUACAGCUCUUUUUUCUUAUAUGCUAACUUUUCAAGCCCAAGUAGGCUACUAAAGCAUUGCAACAAGGUAUACCUCUAUUCGACCACAAGCUGCGUGGGAAAUUUACGUGUAUGUGUCCGUCCGAGAUUAUUAUUAUUAUUAUUAUUAUUAUUGUUAUUAUUAUUAUUAUUUCCCAAAGAUGUGUAUAGUUUUAAGUUAAUAUGUCGGGUCAUACAGCGGAGAUCUUUUUUUUGUUUGUUCCUAUAUUACAAAAAUAAUUUAUUAUUUAUUGUCCAACGACCUGCCACUUUUGUGUACUAUCUUUAAUUGCUGAAGUAAAAAAGAGGAAAAUUACACUGCUGACUCCGGUGAUCUAUCGGACUUCAUGUGUCCUGUCGUUCUGACUGAAAAGUGACUGAUGUAUGGAGCAACGCCAUAUGUAGAUCUUCAGGAAUAACUGAACAAUAAAAGUUUGACGUACGAAGUAAAUUAAAUGCGUCGGGCACAUUUUGGAAACUGUCUUAAAAUGUCAGAUUUUUAUAUUGAUUUUUUUGAAGCGUCUAGAUUCAUUUAUCUGCUGUUUACACUUUAAUUUGGUUAUAGAGUGGGACAGUUAUUAAAUCAACCAAAUCUCAAGUAAAAGUAUAAGGAGCCAGAGCAAAUUCGUUUUAUUUCAUUUGUCUUGAAUGAAAUCUUAGGAAAAGCUACCGUAUUAACCCUAUUUAACUCAUCACUCAUAAAAACCACCUCGUAUUAAUUAUUAGGUGCAAGCAGUCUUGAUAUAAUAAGAGUAAUCAGUAUGGACUGAGUUUCCCAAAAGCAUUGGUGUAAGGAUCCUCUUCAUCAUCACUUUGAAAACACUCUUUUCCUGAUAAGAAGAUCUUAACUUUCUGGGAAACUGGGCCAUGAUCUGCAGAACAUCAGAUUUUCCUGUGUUAAAUAAACUCGUCCAGUGUUUAUAUGUGUGCAUUUGAAUAUAAAUGCUCACUGAUUAUCAUUAAUAUUGUGGUUAUUAUGCAUCAUAUGAGCACAUUCUCAGAAAUAAAGGUGCUAUAGACCUAGCUAGGAACGUGUGUGCAGUGUACGUUUAAUUAGCUCACAGAGUAGUGUUCCUUAAGGUCUAAUUAUGUACUUUAUAUUAUUUUUAAAAGUUUAAAAGUAAAUAUGCGUACUAACUGUGCUGAACACUAAAUGUGUCCUUCAUGCUAUCACCCCAGUGACAAGGAGGAGUGCAGUUUGGUUAUUACUGAGAGUGUGUAAUUGUGGAACUGUAGGUGAUGUUUGGAUCCAGAACUGCACCACAAGCAUUAAUUAUUUCAGAGGCAAAAGCAGCUCUGACUCAAGCAAUUAGUUUAAUAUAAAAGUGAAGCAGGUUUGAGCGUUCUGAAUGACGACACUUUUACAGUAAGGUGUAGAGUUGUGUAGUUUACUGUGGUAAAUUUUUCUGAUUGCCUAGCUUGGUGUGAAGUCAGCUUGAGUGGCCGCUGGGGCCGCUUUUACAAACGCUCAGUCUGCUAAGGGUCACUUUGUAAUGCCUGGAAGUGUUUAUAUGGAAAGCUUUAGCAAGAAUAUAAAAUGUAGAAAGAGGUGACUUUGGGUUUCACUGGACUUUGAAGAUGCACUCAAGGUCGAGCUUGCGUGGAUGUUGGUUAUUUGUGGUGGAUGUGGAGUAUUUGAUGGAUUUUGUUCCAUCCCAAUUUGUGUUUCCUGUAUUUAAUUCAACUGCACUAUAGACAUCGUGCCUGAAAGAUAAGGCAUGCUCCAUUACGUGCAUUAUCUAUCGGGUUAGGCCUCUUCAAAAACAAGUGGGAAAAGGACAUAAUGUGUCCAUGUUUCCAUAAACAAAUUGAAGACUUUAGAGGACAAGAUGGCAGAGCAGCUAAGUAUCCUCUAUAGAAAAUACUAUUUUGCUGAACUGAUUGUUCAUUAGUUAAAUUUUUGUUUUAUAUUUACAACCAUUCAUUAGAGAGCAAUGAGAACUAGUUUUCUUUUGAUAUAGGCUUCCUGUAAUUAAAUGGUACACUUUCUUGGAAAAGCAAAUGAAAUAGGCAUAUGUUAUGUUUAUUAUAACUGGCAUCCAUACUGACCUAAUAAAUUAAACACAAGAAAGGCAGAGGAUUAGGACAGAACCAUACCUUUUUAAAUAUUUUAUUAACAGUUGGUACAGUUUGGUGCUCAGAUCAGAUCAUACAGUAUACUACAGAAAUGAUAUGCCACAUUUGCAGAAUAAUUCCAACAGCAGGUUUAUUUGACUAUGUUUUAAUUACCAAUAUGUUCUUUAGGCAAGAUCUAGGUCUAGCUACAUGUGAAUUAAAAAAAAAAAAAGAAAGAAAGAAAAAAAAAACACAACUGAUAAUCACUCACAAACAGCCAGUGAAGAAUUUCACUAAAUAUAAAACCAACUGAUUUUCAAAAUUACAUUGUUUUUCUACCUUCUGUGGUAAAAUAUAUAUCAUUGUACCAUUUAGCAAAUGUUUAUGUAGCCACACAUCAAGUGGUGCUGAACUUGCAUGGUGCAAUAUGCUCCUGUUUAAAAUGCCAGCUCUGUUCUCCAGUGUUUGGUCGGAGCAGAAGAGGGGCCGCUGGAUAGCACAAAGCCUCCUGAUAGAAUGGCUCCCGGGGUCUGUCGAGGCUCCCGGACUGCAUUCAGUGCGUCGACUGGCCGGAACAAAAGCGCCACUGUACCUGGAGGAGGCUCUGCACAACAAUCACACUCUCCUGGAUGAGACCCGAUUACAUUGUGAGCCAGGCAAGCAAUCCGUCCCCAAGGUCCAACGCCUGACCACAGAGUCACAACACGAGCUCAGCCCACAACUGUUAAACAGUCCAUGCUAAUAGCAGAUGGUUUACAGGGAAUUAUGGUAUAUUUGAGAUCAUUUACACAAUAAUGGGAGGUUUGUAAGUGGCAUUUAAAUGGUAUUACGUUUGGCAUCGUGAGGACAUAUGUUGUCCCUUGUGUUCUCAGUGUAGUUAGAAAUGCCAAACCUCUAUAUGUGUCUUCAUCUCAUGUUCAUUGCACCAAAAUGUAUAUCAAACAUUUUGGUCAAGUAUUUUCUGGCUUUAUGAUUAUAUUGGCUUGAAUAUGACUAUCCAAUGCCUAUGAACCCAUGUUAGCACAAAACUCACAAUAUUAAAUUCUAGUGAAUGUUUUACUUUCACUAAUAUGCACAUCAAGCUUGAUCCAUAUUUGUUCAUAUUAGCUGUACAAAGACAAUGUUCUCUGACAAAACUCUUUAUUAUAUUUAAUUAUGUGAUAUUCUGAAAGGCAUAUAUCAGCAAUAACAUUAUAAUAAUAAUAACAGCUCUAACAGGUGGAUAACACUGCAGUUGGAAUAAUAUAUCAAUCAGUUACUAUUUUUCUAACUUAACCUUAUACCAUGCUAUUACAUGUUUUCCUUUCCAGUCAUUCUCAAACUUUUCAAAACUGGAUCAGGUGUUUGAGCAGACCAGCCUUUUUUUUUUGAAAGUAGGCCCUUCUGUUGUCUGUCAGCAGACAUGGAGAAGGAGGCAGCAGUUAAGCAUCUCAGCCUCUUUGGAAUGUGUCAAUGAAGAGGACGCUCCAAGUGUUACUUGUCAGCGCGUGUGAGAAAAAAAGAGAGAAUGCUAAGAGCUGUGCUGGACUAUAAGCCAUUCCAUACUGAUCUUGUGGGAAUUGAGCUUGGUGCUGAAAAGAACACACUCCAACUUUUCAUUGGGUUUACAAGGCCCCAGAAGAACCUGGGUAUCUUCAUUAUAUAAGCUCCCCAUAACAGCUUUCCCUUGAUGGUUGAAUCCGUCAAAACACCCUCACUGAGAGAAGACUGGCAAAAAUCAAGCUGGUGCAUGGCGCCAGGAAUUGGUUUGACUAGUAACAUAAUAUUUGAGAUCUAAGAGGUUGGUGUGGUUAGGGUAAUGCAUAUAAUAUACGUGAUGUGUGACUUGAUUUCCAACAAAACUGCAUCAAUAUGUUGACAUUAAACUCAUAGUUCCAACUUUGUUGGUUCAGUCAUGAUUUUUUGUAAAUUUCUGUGUGGAGUUUUAGAUGUUUCCCCAUGUUCAUGCGGAUUACCUCUGCAUUCUUGUUUCCUUUCCGGUAAGACGAUUAUCUACUCUAAAUUGCUCUUUCUGUAGGUGUGAAUGAGUGUGUGAAUGUGUAAGCACAGUUCUAUGCAGUGGACUCUAUGCAAUCCCAUCCAGGGUGUAUUCCCAUCUCACACCGAGCUUUCCCGAGAUAGGUUCCGGCUCCACCAUGACCCUGACCUGAAUAAAGUGCUUACUGAAGAUGACUGAAUGAAUGACAUUACACUGUUACCACUUUUAAGCACAGGAUUUCAUUUUUUUCCCUUCCCAAUUAUACACAAUUCCAGUUAUUGUCUGGGAAUUCAACAUUUACUUGCAAGAUGUCAGGUUUAGCACAACAGAAGAGAUUCCAGCUGUUUCCAGAGGUUGAGUCGUUGUCAUAGCAAUGUCAGAUAAACAGGAACUGUCUGUGAAUAUGUGGCUUUGAGUCAUACUUCGGUUCUCAGCCCAAAUGUUUGGGGAAUGUCGGGUUAUUUUUGAAGCUAAAGGUUAGUUUAGUGGUUUAGAAAUCAAAAUGUCAUUGGAAGCUAUUAUUUUCUUAAUCAGAUUAUGCUGCAAAUUGCGCAUUCUCUACUUCCAAAAAAGCUUUAGUUUUAGCUUUAUUUGGGCUAUUGCUCGACUACUAACGCUAAUAUAAUAUAAUGAAAGCAGUAGUGAUGAUAAUACAGAGCACAUAGUGGACCUCAUUGAAUCAACAUGAGAGACGUGAUAGAUACAACAACAGUUAACACUUUUUACUCCUAAAUGGUUAAAUCUACAAAAUAACAUUAUUUAGCUUGCUUGUCUGUAAGAAACCCUUAAUGAUUCUACGCAGAACCCUACAACAUACGACUUCCUUUUCACAAAUAGUGCAAAGUAGUACACAUUUCUGAUGCUAGAUCCAUUAAAUAUCUAAAGAACCCUUGUGCUAUACACAACCUGCAAACACGUUCCAUCUUCUUAUCAUAUUUUGCCCCAAACACCUAGAAAAUAAUUAACAUGUGAAUGAAAAUUUCUAUAACUCUAUGUGAUAACUAGUGAAAAAUAAAUAAAAGUUCUCAGUAAUCAUCUUAGACUUCUGCACCAUGUUGUACUUACUGAACUGGUGUACAUGAUCAAUCACAGAGUGUGUCAGGACUGUGUGGGUUCUCCGUGUGUACUUGGAGGGCAAGUGCAACAUGACAUAGACUGUGAUAAGCACAUUGUGUGGGUAGCAGCGUGUGUGUGUGUGACAUGUUGAUGGCUUAAAACAAAGUGCUCUUUUAGGAGCUUUGACUUCUCCAACCACUC